ACGAGAGAGAGAGUGGAACCACCACACGAACGCACAAACACACACACUGAGAGAGAGAGAGAGAGAGAGAGGGAGAGAGUGAGUGAGACAGUGAGUGAGAGAGAGAGAAAGAGUAGUACUGUUGUGUGUGUGUUUUGCCAUCUCCUGGAUUAUGCGGCAUUUGUAGCAUAAAAGCGAACCGGAGAAGAAUAAGAGGAAGAGGAGGAGGAGGACGAAGCUGAUUAGCGAAGAAGAAGAAGAAGACACAAGAGUCACCCGAGGAAGGAGAAGAAGAAGAAGAAGAAGCGGACCCUAGAUGAGUGAACAUGCGCCAUUAAACCUUUAAAAAAAACAAAAACAAAAAAAAGGCGAAGCUCAAAAUGACGGAGUACAAGCUGGUUGUGGUGGGAGCUGGAGGUGUGGGUAAAAGUGCACUCACCAUUCAACUUAUUCAGAAUCAUUUUGUUGAUGAAUAUGAUCCUACAAUAGAAGAUUCAUACCGUAAGCAAGUGGUUAUCGAUGGAGAAACCUGUCUUUUAGAUAUCCUCGAUACAGCUGGCCAAGAGGAGUAUAGUGCAAUGCGUGACCAGUAUAUGCGGACAGGGGAGGGUUUUCUCCUCGUGUUUGCUGUCAACAAUGCUAAAUCAUUUGAAGACAUUAGUACAUAUCGUGAACAAAUAAAACGAGUGAAGGAUGCAGAUGUUGUACCUAUGGUUUUGGUGGGUAACAAGUGCGACCUUCAGGUUCGUGCCAUGGACAUGCAACAAGCGCGGGAAGUUGCAAGAAACUAUGACAUUCCGUUUAUCGAGACUUCAGCCAAGACUCGCAUGGGAGUUGACGAUGCCUUUUACACCUUAGUUAGAGAGAUCAGAAAAGAUAGGGAACACAAGAGGAAGAGGAAUCAUACAGGACAGUUGAAUCUAAAGAAAAAGUGUAUCGUAUUUUAGAAGGAUUGUGUUGUGUUUUUGCAGACUUUCAAGGAAAAGCCAAUGUCAAGGCAUGCCCAGUCGGUCGUUUUCGUCACUCGCAAUGCAGGAUGAUUUUUAAUGAACCAGUGCAGUCUGUCGAUAGUCGAUUCUGUCCUCUUUGUGAAAUUGCAGAGAAGGGUCUUGCAUGUAGAGUUGUGAAAGUUUUUAUUUGUGAAAGUAAAAUGAGUAAUAACAGUUCGGGAAGGAUGAACAGUUACUGGAAAAGAUGCAGUUGAAAUUACGCCUCCUUUCAUAUUUUGUUUAGGUAAUCUUACAGUAAGGGAACAUUCAGUCUGUGGAGCAUUGAUUUUCUGAUGUACUGUAUUUUCUUACUGUGUAAAGUUUGCUUGAUUUUUGUCUUGACAUUUUAUACCUUUCAGAUAAAACUCUCCUUUUGUAACUCAGUUCCUGAGUAUUUUUUGUUCAUGUAUUUCAUUAACUCUCAGAAUCCUAAGCGCUUUUUCCAGUCCUUUUGCAUUUACUCUUAAAAAAAAAACACUUCAAUUGCUCCCUGUCAUGAUCGCUGCUGUUGAAAUGCUCUGCAAGGCCAUCAUAACCAGAACUAUGAUUUCACAAAUUUGGGAAAUAACUUAAACCCUUGAAUGUAAGACAGUUUAUAUAAGCCUUAGAGUCCUUUGCCCUCUUACUGUGUGCAAUUUGGUUUUUUUAAUAUAUAUAUAUAUAUACGUAUCAGGAUGUUUUCAAUUUUACAGGGUUAAUUGGUCUUAACAUUUUUCACACCUGCAUUGGUUGAACGCAGUACAGGAACUGUUGCAGUCGUUUUUAUGGGCUUUUCUAUACGUACAGGCUCCCAAGGAAUAUUCCUUUCCCC